AUGUCUGGAUUCUACGAUUUCACUGUUACCAACAACAAGGGCCAACCUUUCUCUUUCAAGGAGCUUGAAGGAAAAGUGGUUCUGAUUGUGAAUGUUGCCUCGAAGUGCGGCUUCACUAAACAAUAUAAGGAGCUUGAAGAGUUGUACCAAAAGUACAAAGAUGAGGGAUUUGUGGUGAUCGGAUUCCCAUGCAACCAGUUCGGAAACCAAGAGCCGGGAACGGAUGAGGAGAUUGUGCAAUUUUGCAGUCUGAACUACGGCGUCGACUUCCCACUGAUGAAGAAGAUCGACGUGAACGGCCCAGAGGCCAGCCCGGUUUACGUGUGGCUCAAGAACCAAAAGUCUGGAUUGCUCGGAUUCAAAGGAAUCAAAUGGAACUUUGAGAAGUUUUUGAUCGACCGUCACGGAAACGUUGUUGAAAGAUACGCAUCCAUCAAGACCCCUCCAAAGAUCGGUCCUGACGUUGAGCGGUUGCUCAAACAAUAA